AUGUCCUCUGCUCAAGAUUCCGCCACCAAGAUCUCUAUCGAUAGAUUCGAUGGAGACAACUACGCGACGUGGAGCCGCUACAUGCGUGGCGUGUUCCUGACCAAGUCGACGUGGCACGUGGUCAACCGGGAGACCACCCCCACCUUCGCCGAUCCUCGCGCCAGUGAUGAGUACGUCAAGACGAACAACAUUGCGUUCGGCUUGAUGUUACUUCACAUGAGCGCGGACUAUCAUCACGUGGUUGAUGACUGCGACGAGGCAUGGGUUGCGUGGACACGGUUGAAGACUCUCUACGGCGGAUCGCAGAAGGCGGGACGGAUCUUCUUGAAGCGGCAGCUGUUCAGCAUGGAGAUGGCGGAAGGCGGCAAUUUCAUGCAUCAUUGCAAUGAAGUUCUCAACAUCAGCGCCAAGCUCAGCAGCAUCGGCGCCAAGAUGGAGGAUGAGGACGUGGCGAUCUGCUUGUUGUGCAGCCUCCCCAAGAGCUACGAGAACGUCGUGCUGAACUUGGAGAUGAGCAGCGCGGAACUGCGGACGCAAGACGUCGUGAAAGUGCUGACGAAUGAGCACAUCAAGAGACAAGGGAAAAAGACGACAUCGGUGAAAACUGAAGAAGCGACCAAGGCCUUCAGUACCGAGCGUGAGGUUCGUCAGUGUACGUUCUGCGGAAAAUUGGGGCACACGGUGGAAAAGUGCUGGACCAAGCAGAAGGAAGACAAUCGAGGGAGCUCGACGCGGCGGCAAUGCACGUGGACGCGGAGCGAAUCAAGUUCAGUGGCAAGGCUACAACGGCAACAGCAACUGUGA